AUGGCUAGCUCUACCGCCCAGGAGUUUUUCCAGCGUUAUGAGCAAGUUAAAGCGGUUGAGCAGUCAAGGAAUGAGUUAAUUGAGGAUCUUUUACGACGGGUUGCCGAGCUCGAAAAUGCAUACCAACAAACCCGAUUGGACCAUGAACGUGAAUCCCGUUUUAAUCGUGAAGUGCAAAUGCAUGAGAUAGAGCUUAUGAACCAGAUAACUGCUAUGGAAUCUGUUAUGGAACAAGAACCAUUUCUUCUCGUUCUUCUCGAUGGUGAUGGGAUGGUAUUCCAAGACUCUUUUCUCCAACAGGGUGAGCAGGGCGGCAAAGAUGGUGCAAAUCAGCUCUGGGCUGCUAUCCGUGACUAUGCGUCUCGAAAUCUUCCGAACAUACCAUCGCCAAAAAUUAUAGCUCGAGUUUAUGCAAACGUCAAAGGAUUGGCUGAUGCAUGCUAUAAAGCUGGCCUAAUUGAACGUCCCGGCCUAAUUGAGGAAUUUGCCCGUGGAUUCAAUGGAAGCAGACUAUUGUUUGAUUUUGUGGAUGUGGGGAGUGGUAAAGAUAGAGCUGAUGAUAAGAUCGCUGCGGAUCGCGACCUUGUUGGACGAAUAUCUUUAAUCGAAGGCGUCCCAUUCGAACGAGAACUUGUACCCAUCAAGGCUUCUUACAGAGUAACUAAAUUUGAAGAACUUUUCCGAACCUCAAAAAUAAACACGAAUUCACUUUCAUGGAAUGACCGGAAUGGGACGAAUAAUAACCCCAUGUCGAUACCCUCGUCUACACCGCUUUCCGUGCUAUCUGCGAAUACCCCUGGCAACAACAACAACCACCUUGCUCGCAUCCCGUCAAACUCAACUAUCCCAUCGAAUGGAACCAACACACCGCCAACAUGGGCUGCCACAACAGCAGCAGGAGCCCAUGGUCCAUUUACCGAUUUAACGACCUCGAAACCAAGUAGCCCUGCUCCAACUAAGGUGGAGCGCAAUAAAUACGGCGAACGCGUCGACCGACUAGAUUUCAAAACCAUCCCCAAGGACGAAUUAAACCGCGUGAAAAAGCUGAAACUAUGCAACCUGUAUUAUUUACUAGGCGACUGCCCCAAUUUAAGUUGCUAUCAUACUCAUGAUCAUAAAUUGACGAAGAAUGAGCGCACCGUCUUACAUGCAGUUGCGCGGAUGACGCCGUGCCGGUUCGGAACUGAUUGCGAUGAUCCCGGCUGUAUAUAUGGCCAUCGCUGUCCACAGAGUGAGAUUGGCAAGAAGGACUGUUUCUGGGGCUCCAAUUGUCGAUUCGACACAGCCGCUCAUGGAAUCGAUACAACAAUUGUGAAGGUUACAAAGGUAUAA